AUGUCUUACUCACAGGCAUCUCAGUCCCAAUUUUCCUUCUGCGCCGAUUCAGAUCUAGGUCUGAAUACCGACCUCCUUUAUUCAGAUGAUAUCUCUGAGCUCAUUGGCAGUCAGGCUUCAUUGACAUCCACGUCCCGAAUUUCAUUUCCGAUUGCGCCCCUCUCGCUUACGCGUGUUGGCCUCCCUCUUCAACAGUACUGGGUCCUCUAUUCCUCCGAGCCUGGUAGCGAGAUGGAUGGAUCUCGUAAGCGCUUUAUAACGUGGUGGCUAAAUACAGAGUCUGGAUCAGCGCCCGAAAUACAAGACUCGAUCCGUUGGGAUGGGAAAAAGACAUCAAGUGUCUGGGAUAAUUUCAAUCAGGUUGCACAUGAGAAGACUGGCAAGCCAAAGGUUAUGUGUACAUCAUGUCUCUGUACCCUUGUUCAUCCAAGCUAUCGCCGUGCUGGGUCAUCGCCAAUGAAUGCACAUAUUAAGGCAGGCACUUGUACUCGGAAGCCAGUUACCCAGAGGAUCGAUCAGCUACUCAAACAUAUGCCAACUAUCCCUAGAAACCAACCCUUCUCCCAGGAGCGUCUGGUGAAAGCGAUACUAGACUUCAUUUCUACAGCUCACCUACCCUUCCGAAUCGUUGAACACACCCAAUUCAAAGAUCUAGUAGAGAUUAUUCAACAAGCCCACAGCAAGAUCGAUAUACCAUCCGCGCGAAGCAUACGACGUUAUCUUGAUUCUGCAGUCAGAAGUGACCAGAAGGGGGUUCUGAAAAGGCUUCCAGAUGGGAGUCGCCUCUCACUAGCGCUUGAUUGCUGGACAUCGCCAUUUCAGCAAGCUUUCAUGGCCAUCACAGGUUACUUCCUUGAUCAGGACUAG